AUGAAUAGUUAGAAAUUUUAUUAUGGAGAAGACAUUAUUGAAAAGUCUAGGGAUUACUAACUCUCGACUUAAAUUACAAGCAUAGCCAGAUCUAAAAGUGAAAAUAGAAGGCUCAUGAAAUAGAUAACCAAAACUUCCAAUUCUCCAAACUCUAAAUCCCAAUUAAGUGCCUUUAACAACAUUACAGAAUAUAACUAGAAUUCCAUAGGCCAAGAACGUAUAAUGAAAAGAAGAACUUUGAUUCUUUAGAAGGAACUUCAUAAUCAAGACUCAUCCGGUGCCUUGUUAUCUUCUCAAACAAAAAUAAAAAUAAUUAAGGCACCCUUCAAAAAGAUUUAAACAUCAAUCGAGAAGACAUAACCAUGUAACAAUAACAAAAAAAUGUAAUCUCAUCUUGACAGUUUCGAUAAUGAAUAACAAUUUCUUAAAUCUUUACUCUAAAAGGAUCAAAAACCUGAAAGAAUCGAUAAAUUAAUUAAAAUUAGGUUAGCCAAAUCUUAAAUGACCUUACAUUCUCAUCAAAGAUCACAACAGACUGAAGUUUCAAUUGACAAGUAGAAACUGCCUACUCAAUCCUCUAUUCGCAGAGAGAGUUAAAGAGAAUUGAGGGACAAAAAGUAUAGUGCCUAUAAAUAUUAGAUCAGUCGAAUUAAAGCAACACAUGUACAAGUUGUUAUUGGCAUUCGAAGAUACGUGUCAAAUUUGGAAUGGAAAAAACAAACUGGAAAACCUAUUAGAUAAUGAUUAGAAAUUCGUUGGCUUUAUGAAUCUCACCUAUAAUCUUACCAAUUUGCCGUUAAACAUCGAAGUAAGUCUGUCUCCUAACUUAGGGAUUGGAAUAAAUGUUUAAAGGAACUAAAUACGUACUCAAAACUUUGAAACCUUACAUCCCAUAAAGUUUAGAGAAACUGAUCUUCGAAGAUUAGGAAUGCCAAAAGUUUAGGCCAUUAACAUUUUAAUAUUAAGUAUUUUAUAUCCUGAAUAAUCACUCUGAAUUGAUAGACACUUUCGCUAAUUAAACAAUUCGAUUGAUGGCGAGAUCCUCUAAAGAAUGUAAUGAUCUGUAACAUUUCAUUGAAAAGCAAUUUCUCAAUAGGAAUUAGAAUGAUGUCGAGUAUAUCUAAGGUCUCUUUGAGAAACAAUUUAAUCAACCCUACCAAUCGUUAUUGAAUGAGGCAAGGUCAUUCUGUAACCUAGCGAUUGAGUAUGAAUAUGUGAAAUAAUUGUAUUGUUUUUGCACCAAAGUGCAGGAUGCUUUGUCAUAAAAGAUUCAGUAGGAAGCAAAUAAGAAACAAGUUUACGAUAAGGGAUUCGAUUUUAAGACUGCCUUAUCUAAGAUUAAAUCGAAAGAUGUAAGAGUCCCUAUUGAUUGAUUAGAUAAAUCAUGAGAAACUGUUUGCUCAAUUAGUACCCAAGAAGCAUGAGAUUAUCGAUAAAUUAGACAAAUUCGAAUCAAAGUUUGGUAGAAUUGAAUCCAUCUCCAAUGUGUAGAGAGAACAAGCUAAAUUGGCUGAUAUGAAACACAAUCAACUUUAUGAAAGGAUUCUCAAAUUAUAAAAAUAAAUGGAAUGA